UAACGUAUGCCAUCUAGCUCAAUAUUCGGAUUGGCUGGCAGCAAUAUGAUUACUUACUAAUUUAGCAUUCACUGAACAACCUCACAGCCAAAUCAUUCACCCAUCUUUCAUUGAACAAUUAUAGUACACCGCCAAGCAAAAAUGGUGGAGGUUUCUUCCAGUUUUUAACAAGUUUGCGGAACGAUUUUGCAAAUUCAUUUGGUUUGUAUGCUUUUUAGGCAACAAAUACUAAGUGAAAAUAUAGUGGUUAGACUACCAUUCAGGGAAAAAAAGAAAGGGAAAAGAAGCAGUUUAAAAUAUAAUACGAAAAAAUUAUCUUAAAACUGUUGGAAAAAUAAAUGUAAUAAAAAAAUGGAUCAACUACAUUUUAUGUUUGCAAAUGAUUAUAAAGUGGACGACGAUAAUAACGCUAAGAAUGAUUGUAACAAAAAGGAAGCGAAAAUUAAAAAUGAGCCUGAAGACGAUGUCGUUGAAGAAGAAGAUGAUAGCUAUAUAAUGCCAGAAUCAUUGCUGCAGCAAAUAACUACUACGCAAGGAAAAGAUGCGGAGGGUGAAGAUGAUAAUACAAUAUUCAAUUUUGGAAUCGAAACAAGUGCAAAUAAGCGUCCUACUCCUACGAUUGCAUCUAAGCCAUCUUCAGCAAAAAACCCACAAGAUGCAUUUAUUAAUUUUGAUUUAGCUGUAAUGUAUAUAUGCCCAGCUUGUGGUAGUGAAUUUGAUACUCAAACCGCUUGGAAGACACACAUUAAUGGCAUUCAUGAAUACAAUACACGCCGCGGAUUAAAUUUUGUACCAAUUGAUAAAUUAUAUCACAGGUGUCUGGAGUGCAAUAAACCGAUUGCAAUGCAUGCUAUGGAAAAUUUAUUGAAACAUAAAUUUACACACUUGCCCCAUCGAUGUACCAAAUGUAGGAUUUGCCACAGACUUUAUAAAUAUAGGCAAGAUUUAAUUGUACAUUUACGUCUAUGUCAUCGUGAGGAUGUAAUAGAAAUGAUGGGUGAUACAAAUAAGGUUGAGAAAAACAUAUAUGAAAAUUUACGCACUUAUGUUCCCCCAAGAAAAAAUCCAAAACUAGAAAUCAGGGAUAUUAAAGGUAACGCAAUUGAUAUAUUUGAAAAUACUAAUGACAGCGUUGAGGUAAAAAAUGAACCCUUUGAUGCUGAUGACCAAGAAGACGAGGUUAUGCAAUACCGAAAUAAGCCAAAAUUCCAUCAAACCUCUAUUUUGGAGGACGCAUUAAGCCGAAAAACUUCACAAGUGUCUGGGCACCCUCAGCAAGCCCAUGAGAGACAAUGGGAAAAACAUAUAGAGUACAUUUGCCCUGUUUGCAACUCUGAGUUUAAUCUAAAAAAUGAUUGGAGGGAUCAUCUCCAAGAAAUGCAUAACUUUUUUUCCUUUGAUGGAUUGGGAUUAGAAAAACGUAGUAACUCAACAGUUGAAUGUUUAGAAUGCAAAAUGGUUUUACCUAGUUACUCUAUAGAGCCGUUACAAAUACAUAAAUUUUCGCAUCUCCCUUGCAAAACAUAUAUGCGCUGUAAACUUUGCUUACGUUCAUUUCAUAUCUACAAAGGUAUAAUAAAACAUUUCAUGAAACAACAUCGUCUGGAAAAAGAAUUCAACGCCGAUGCAGAUGAGAGCCAAGAUGGUCGUUCUUUUGACCCAUACUCUGUGUCAUCUACUGUGGACUUUGACGAUGAUCAAGUACCAGCUGACGAACAAGGAAAAUUCGAUUGUCGUGAUAUUUACGAAACACAAAUAGAUUAUUUAUGUCCAAAGUGUGGUGAAGAAUUUUUUGAAAGAAAAUUGUGGAGAAAUCACAUCGUUCAAGCCCAUAACUAUACUGAUUUGAAAACACUUUGUUUUGAAGCUGUGAAUGAGCAUCAAUUACAAUGUCACUUAUGUGGUAAAGUGAUUACAAAUGCUUACGGUGUGCAAAACGCUCAGCAACACUAUUUCACACAUUUGCCCCAUAAGGCAUACAUUCGUUGUCGGAUAUGUACCAAAUCAUACACAGAUCGUAAGGGAUUAGUUAAACAUUUGCGCAAAGUUCAUCAUAUAUCUUCUAAAACAAUGUCACCAUUAUCUAAACCCGCUGAAACAAAGUCUCACUCGUCGUCAUCAUUUCAGAAAAGCACUCCAUUCAAAGCUCCGCGUAAAGCACCAGUUAAAGAAAUUGUACGACACAAUGGUGUUAUAUAUGAAAUACAAUUUUUAGAUGAGGAUAGUAAUGAUGACACUUUUAUGGACGAUACAUCAACCUCGAUAGAAGCCAAAAAUGAUUACAGCUUCACAAAGCCUCCAAAAAGGCAUGUGUGUCCUGAUUGUUAUUCCACGUUUGGUACCGCACAAGAAUUACAAAGGCAUAUUCGAGAACAACACGACUUCAAAAAGCCCAUACAAUCUCAUGUUUGCACUAGGUGCUAUUGUACCUUCGAAUCCGAGGGCGCUUUGUAUGAUCAUAAACUAAAGCAUCACUCAAACAAUUCAGAUAACUUAGAAAAUAAUGAAGCUAAUGACGAUGAUGACUUGCUGUUGGUGCCAAGUAGGAAUGAGAAUGUAAAGGUUAGUUCCAGCACUGGUUCAACCAACAUAGAACAAUAUUUUUGCUAUAUGUGCCCUGCGUGCGGUGAGGAAUUCAAAUCGCAAUAUGAAUGGCGUCGUCAUAUUAAUGAUAUACAUUACUUCGAUAGACGUUAUGAGUUGAAUUUCAAACAAAUAGAUAAAUUUCACUUUGAGUGUUUAGAAUGCAAAGAAAUUGUUAAUAGCCCUAAAUUAAAAGCUCUACAAGACCAUAAAUUUCGCCACUUGCCGUAUAAAUUAUACAUCAAGUGCCGCCUUUGCAGCACUUGCUACAAUCAUAAACCAAAUGUGGUUACACAUCUACGUAUACGGCACAAUUUAAUGGAUCCUCGUGAAAUACUUAAUAACAGUCCAUCAGUAUCACCAAGCCCAUCGCAAAUGGCCGAAAACUAUGAGAAAGAAUCCACAUCACCUUCACAAUUGUUCAAUAUUCGUUCGAUGACAACCGAAGACAUUAUUUCGAAUCACAAUGCAGUAGAUCACGAAUCGAUUACUUAUCGUUGUCCGCAAUGUAAUGACCCAUUUGAUACGCACGCUCUGUGGCGGCAACAUAUCGUUACCGCACAUGACCUCAACAGCAGACAGGGCUUGAAUUUCCGUCAGUUGGAUGCACACCACUAUAUAUGCUUGGAGUGUUACAAGCGCGUCACGGUAACUCACACGAAAGGUGCGAUUGGUCAAUUGCAAUCGCAUAAAUUUCGCCAUUUACCGUAUAAAUCUUUUUCCUGCACAACUUGUGACGGAGUCUUUGUGCGUAAGCAAAUGUUCUUCAAACAUCUCAAUCGUAUAACCAAUAGAUGCCCAUUAUUGGGAAAUGUAGGAGUACACAAUUAUAAUCCAAAAAUAAAAGCUUCCCAUUUGAAUGUAUCACGUAAAAUGGCAGGUCACGGCGGUAGCACUCCUGCGAAGAAUCUCAAUUUUUCUGUGACAUCGAAUGAAAGAUGUCCUUACAUCAUACAAUGCCCUCAAUGUGGCAUCAAAUUCGAAAGAUGGGCCCCAUGGCGUGAUCAUAUCGAAAAAGAGCAUGCUCUACAUAGUAUGGAAUCAUUGAAAUUCAGGAGGAUCACGGAUCAUUUGCACAUCUGUCUGCAGUGCAAAGAGCGCGUUACUGGUGCAAAUUUCGUCAAUUUGCAGACUCAUCGAUUUAAACAUUUACCAUAUGGUACCUACCUACAUUGCCGCUACUGCGAUGUUAGAUAUUACUAUAUGAUUAAUAUUAUCAAACACAUGAAACAGAAGCAUCCAAAUCAUGGCUUAAAGGAACUCGAAUUGCAAUUAGAAAAGACGCCUGUCAAAGAGCCCAUCGACUCUCCAUCAGCCGAUCUUUGCAUGGAGCUGAAUGAGGAGAAAAACAAUGAUAAUAUUGCCGAUGAUGAAGACGAUGCAGAAAAAAUUGGUCUAGAACAUGAGAAGAAAGGUACCAGUGAAGACAUGAUUGGUUCCGAUUCUGAAUCACAAAAAUGUUCGUUCAUUAUAUAUUGUCCACAAUGUGGUGUUGAAAAUGAUAAUUGGCCUGCAUGGCGUGAACAUAUAGCGGCGGUACAUUCGUUUGAUAAGCUGGAUGCAUUGAACUUUACCAAAAUAAAAGAUUGGGUUUUUGAAUGCAACGAGUGUAAAGAGCAAGUCAAUUUCAAUUCACUCUACACUCUGCAGAUUCACAAAUUCACGCAUUUGCCAUAUAGCAGCUAUCUACAGUGUCGCUAUUGUGACGAAAAAUUAGAUAAUGUAAUGGACAUAAUGAAACAUUUGAAGUCAAAACAUCCUGAACAUGUAAUACAAAAGCACGAUAAACCCAUUGAAUUGGAUGAUGUUUUGUCGUAUGAUGAUGAUGAUGAUGAUAUUGAUGAAGAUGAAGGUGAAGGAACGAGAGAUAAUUUAGAUAUAGAAGAGGGAGUCGAUGAUGGCGAUGAGGAGGAGGACGAUGAAAUAGAUGACGAUGAUGAUGAUGACGACGAAGAUAAUGACAAUACUGUCGGCGAUAAUGCAGUACGCAUGGAUGUUGAUGAUUUCGAGGAUGCAGAAGACGAAGAUGAAGAAGAUGUUGAUGAUGAUGAUGACGUUGGAGAUGAUGAAGACAAUGAGGAUGAUGAUGGUGGCAGUGAAAAUUUUGAUAAUACUGAUACGGAGGUAGGUCCAACGGGUGACAGUGAAAAUACAAAUACUGAAGUGCCACGAGGUGCCGUUGAAGAUAUUGAAGAGGUCGAAGAAUCGGAGCAAUUUGUUCUGGGCUAAUUUUUCUUGGUGUUAUUUUCGAAUUUAAAAUAAUAACCUUUUACAUGAUAUAUCAGAGGCAGUCUGUGUGAUGUUGCCCUAUUAUUUGAAGUAUAUUUAUAACAUAUUUUAUAUAGUUUUUACUUCCCAAACAUUCUAUCAACAAAUUAUUUAAUUAAAGACAUUAUGUUUGAUAACAACAGAAACAAAGUCCUUCACAUACAGAUUUAUAUUCAAAUAAGUAGUUUAAAAUAAUAUGUAUUAAUUUUAUUAUAUACAUAUAAGUAAAAUCUAUUAAGAGAUAGAGAGUAAAGUCAUUUCUCUAUACAUAAUGCAUGGGGUCAAGUGUAAAAACAAAAUUGUAGACUAAAGUGUGGAUUUAUUAAUAUAUUAAGCUUCUUCUAAAUCAUGAAAGUUUAUUCAUUAAAUUUAAGUUGUAUGAAAUACUUCAGAUAUACACGCUAUAAAUAACAGGAAAAAGUUGGUAAGAGUAGGAAACCAAGUUUGAUAUGUUUGGUUUUAUAAAUAUUAAUUUCUAAAAGUAAAUAAUUACUAAGAAGAUUGACGUUUUCUUGCAAUAUGGUUUAAUAUAAAUCUAUAAUUUGGAUUUUUAUAUACAAGAAAAUAGCAUACAUGCUUUAUCUUACAAUAGAAAUACAUAAUACUUUCCACUUAAAAUUCAAUUAUUAACAUUCACGGCUAUACCCAUCAUAAACUUAAUAUUAUAUUUAUAGUAAGAAUACUUUACUUUUAUAAGUUUUUGAAAUAUGUCCUUUGUUUGUAUGCUAUUUUGAAAUUCAUAGAAACUUGUAUUCUCCAAUUCAUUUACAAUUUCUAACAUAAUUUAAUAACUUAAGACAUACAACUCAUUUACACAACAUAUAAUAGAAAGUCUUAUUAUAAAUAUAAUGCCCAAAAAUGAGAAGCAUCAAAAUAUGAAUUCAAAAAAAUAUACAUACAUAUAUUAUUGGAACUUUUAAGUAUUGUAUUUUGAUCGCAAAUGCUCCGUAGGUUAUAAUAUAAUAAUAUGUACAAGACAUCAAUAAAAUUAUGACGUACUAUAAAAC